GCUGCUGCAUCUCAGACCUGCCCUGAGAUCCGCCGCACAGCACGUCACUCCAGACGACUCCGCGUAUUCAAUACAUGACAAUCAGCGGAGCCAAGGAAACCCAGCAAAACUCUGCCCCCCAAAUCCCCGGACCCUCAGGGUGGGGUAGAGACUCAGAGAAGCAGCAGCUCAAACAAAAGCACUCCUCUUGGCUUUAAGAUUAAAAAAAUACCAGCUGCAACAAAAGUGCAGAUACAAACUCCAGACGAAAAGUGGAACUGAUCAGCGUCUCCACAUUUUCAUGCAAAACUUUUCCUGAAGUCACUGAACGAGCAGCGAGCAUCAAACUGACGGAAUGAAAAUGGCAAUCUCGUGGACUCUCAUUGUAUUAGGCACCCUCCUGCAAGGCAUGCAGUGCAAUGCUAAUGAUAAUUCAACUGCAGCCUUAAAUGGGACCACUUUAUCCACCGUGGUUGCCACUACAGCAGAUUCCACUAAAUCCACCGUUCCUCUCACCUCAUUGAGUUCCACUAAACCCACCACUUCUUCUGCCUCAUUGGAGUCCACUACCCCUGUCACUACACUCACCUCAUUGAAACCUUCCACUCCAUCCUCCUCACCAGAGUCCACUACACAAGCACCGACCACUAAAGCCACUUCACCAGCUCAGACUGGGCCAUCUUCAACAGUGGCUAAUCAAGACCCAGCCAAUAACACAACCUCACAAAAUGUUCUUGUCACAACUCAAAUCACAACAAUUCAACCCACUACACCCAACGCAGGCACUACUCUUACAACCUUCAACAACAGUCCUCAAAGUUCACCUACAACUCUCAUCGCAACCGAUCCCAACCAAAGUACCACCAACUCAAAUAAACCUGUAACCACUACUUUUACAAAAGAUGGCACCACCCAACUCUUGUCUACACAGACAAGCCCAUCUGCUGUUGCCAAAAAUUCUGAAUUACCAACAACAGAACCAGACUCUAAAUCUACUGCUUCUCAAAGUCUUGGGACAACGAAAGCACAAACAACUACUGCCUCGAUCAUACCAGGCCAGCGAAGUGAUGAAGAUAUUACAACUAACACUCCUCAAAAAAUCUUUAAUUAUUCCUUUGAUCUAAGCAACAGCACGGAGAAGAACGUCCUGGUUCAAACCUGUAAGACGCUGGGUCAGAAGAUGAAAGGAAAUUGCACCGUGACCGUAGAAAUUCAUGACAAACGAUUAAUUGCAACAGUAACAAUAGAUGCCGACCAAAAGAUACCGCCAGAUAACUACAAACCUACAGAACCUGCCAGUGUAGACAAUAGUACUUUGGAGAAACAGAAUGUAAACGAGGACACAAUACCAGACACGUUAAUCGCCAUCUUGGCUUCUUGCGGCGCUUUGGUGCUCAUUCUGUGCUGCUUUGCUGCGUACUGCACUUAUCAUCGCAGAUCCUACAGGAAGAACCAGCAACACCUGACAGAAGAGCUGCAGACAGUGGAGAAUGGUUAUCAUGACAAUCCUACGCUGGAGGUGAUGGAGGUACAGCCGGAGAUGCAAGAGAAAAAACUGACAAUGAACAGGGAGUUCAACGACAGCUGGAUCGUCCCCAUAGACAACCUGCUGAAAGAAGACAUACCUGAUGAAGAAGACACACACUUGUAAUGGCAUCAGAUGAACCGUCUGGAGAAGGAAACCUGCUGCUCUCAUAACGGUAGAUUGUGAGCGGCCAGAAUGUAGAGAAAGCAGAGAUUGACAAAGACUAUCAAACGACAAUGGUUUCAUUUGGUGCCAGGGUGUAUAUGGUGUAAUAAAGUAGUUGAAUGUCAAGUAUGUGCUAGAAAUAGCGGAAAAGAUUUCAGGUUUUGUGUGUCACUGUGCAUGGGAAAGGGGAAAUCUGUAAAUGGAAUGUCAAUGUACAAUCUGUGAUGUCUCUUUGUGCCUUAACUUUUCUUUAGCACACCAAUAGUAUUCUAAUAAACAACUUGAUGAACAUAAAAUAUAUAACAAAUAUUAGGUAAAAUAGCCCAUUUAUGAUUUAUAAAAGAUUUGGUCCAAUAAUUUUCAGUAUUGAGGAAAAAAGAAUUUAGAUUUUGCUUGCCAUUUUCCCACUGCAAUACAUGUUGGGACUACAUUCUCUAAAUGGGAAGCUGGCCAAAAUAAGGCAUUGAUUUCACUGCCUCUGCAUUAGGAUCAUGAUGCCUUAAAGGAGUAGUUCACUUUCAGAAUGAAAAUUCUGUCAUAACUUACUCACCCUCCACUUGUUCCAAACCUGUAUGAGUUACUUUCUUCUGUUGAACACAA